CUACAUACCCAGGAUGUCUAACUCACGAAAAGAUGUUAUUCGCAACUACUUCUCCAAAGCCACUGGCAACUUGGACCCCAUCCUGACCAGCCUGAACGGCGACAAUUCGUGGAUGAUAUCGUUUCCCAUCCCCCAAGGCCAACGGAGUACGAAAGCAUACUAUCACAUUGUCUCCGAUACGUGGCUUCAAGGUGUCGCCGUCACGGUAUCUUCUUGGCUCGUUCACAUUGGUCUCGGUUCACCAGCAGCAAUCACAACCGGCGGUGAAGUUGAUGCACUAGUUCAAGAGAUUGAAGAUGCGGCGAAAGAGGCUGGAUUCGUCAAAGGCGACGGGGAACCAAGCGCAAAAACCCUCGACGCAAUAUUCGCCAACUUCCACUACCCGGACCAUCUUUCCGAGCCUACCCUACGGACUUUCUCGCCCGAUAUACCCGUCAUCGCUUCCAAAGAAAGCGAGCCAAUCAUCCGAGCAUGGGGCUACUUCAACAAUAUCGUAACGCAGAAGGACCUCGAUGCAGCAGAUGGGAACUGGCACACCUUGCACCCCGGGUCUCCGCUCCCCAAUUGGCUAUCCGUCUUUCGACUUGUCGGCCAUCAUGAACUUAACUUUGCGACUGCCAUGGUCUGGUCCUCAAAUGCCGAUACCCAUGAAGCCCUCCUAUACUCCCCACAUGGAAUCAAGAUCGACCAACCCACCCUACAGACAUUCACCCACAAAACGACGCCGUCCAUCAAAGUCAAAGCCAUACUGCAUGCUCUGAAAGAUAGCUUUGGAAUGGGUAAGAGAUUCACACUAGGUGUCGAAGGUGGUUUAGCGCUGGAGGAGGAAACGAGACCAAAGUACUGGAUCAAGAGCCAUGAUUCCAUGCUGGACUAUCAAGGGGCCUUUAUGCGGUUGUUCGUGAGGGAUUAUGCUCGGACGCUUGAAAGCGGCAUUCAGGAGAUGCUCGGCAAGAAGCCGGAGGGAGAUAAAUUGAAGGAGGAGAGGAAACCGAAUUUGAUUGAUGUGGAAAACGGGGGUUCUUUUGUCUUGGAGUAG